GCCGUAUAAUUUGGCCGUCUCUAAAAAUAAGCGUGAUGUUUACGCUACAAAAUAUACGUCCUAUUUCAGAUUGUGUCGUGCAACCAAGCAACAAACGUCAGUCGCGCUAUGCCACGCAUCAGGAGAUCACCGCCUGCAUAACUUGACGUUACGUUUCGGAACGUUCCUUUCGAAAUUCGAACGCAUUUGAAUGAAAAAGGCGCGAAAGUAGAAUGUGUCAUAGAUUUUUUUUUCUUUUUGACGGCCAGUAAUGCUUUGUUUUUAAUUUGUGUUUCGGUUGACAUCGUUUGUUUUAUGCCAGAAAAUGAUAUUGACCAAGGGAUUUGAUGUUUUUGUUGCCAUUUUCGUAAUUGUUUCAUCGAGAGUGUGCACUGCUUGUUUUACCGGAAACGAAUAUGAAAAGUUUCCAGGCAAGACGGGCUCCACUUAUGUCAAAAACUGCGAAUGCAAGGAAGUCGGGUACUCGGUGAAGCAUCUGAUAUGGCUGGACCCGGACGGCAACGCGAUCAAUGGACCAGAUUCGAGCAAUCCGAACAUAUACACGGAGAUCAAAGAUCACAAUAUACUGAGCCUCGUGGUGAGGAGCAUCAGCAAGUCCAUGGCAGGGAACUACACCUGCCAGACAAACUUCGAAGGAAACACGUAUAGCCAGACUUAUAAUAUUGAAGCAUAUGAUAGCCCGUACUUUGUGAACACGACUGAGGAUCAGAAUAUAAUCAUCGGGGAAGACUCUAUAGUUAGAUGCGAAGUGCGAGGAAUCGCAGACUACGAGAUAGUUUGGUACCGAAUCACAGAUCAAGCGGAUGUGCCUUUGGUGAACGACAUGAAGUACAAGAUAUUGCCUGAACAUGGGCUACUCAUCAGAAACGUCACUAAAGAGGACGCUGGGUACUACAACUGCACAGUCAAUAACAUUGUCAUAGGGGAAUCAUUACCAAUACGUAUCAAUGUACAGGCAGCAGCAAGACCAGUGAUAUUUGAACCAAAAUUUAACAUUCCUCCGGAGACCAUAGUUGUCGGCAACUCAGUGGUUGUAGAGUGCCUUGCGGAAGCCAUACCGUACCCCGAAUAUACCUGGACCAAGAUUACAGAUGAGUUCGGAAAUCCUAUAGAAAAUGCAAACUCGACCUGGACACCAAUGGUUAAUACAAUAAAAUUCGAUAGCAUCAAAAAAGAAGAUGCAGGGAUAUAUGUAUGCACCGCAGCCAACACUGUGGAUAGUGCAGCUAUAAACGUACCCAUUAGUGUCAAAGUGCCGCCAGUAAUAACGUCCCUGGAGAACGUGACCGUCGUGGAAGGCAACGCAGCACAGAUCGCCUGCAAGGCUACCGGAGUGCCUGCCCCUGAACUCAUUAUAGAGACCAGUCUGGACGGAUUGGAGACAGAUCAAAGGGUAUCAACAGCCAUCAUGCACCCGACACCGGACACGUCGGAGCUAUAUUUGACAAUUAUGAACGUCUCCAGACCAUGUGAGGGCAUCUUCAGAUGCAGUGCAGCUAAUGCAGUGAACAACGUUACGCAGGAAAUGUACUUGACCGUCCUGUACGCGCCAUAUUUCCCCGUUCAAAACGAGACCAUUUGGGGCUGGCACAACCACACGGUCAACAUGAGCUGCGUCCACGCAAGCAACCCGCCGUCCGCAAUAGUAUGGAAGUUCCUUGGAAGUGAAAGUCGCGAAACGACUACAGCAGAACACGAUCAAGUUAAUAAAAUACUUCAAGAACUAAAUGAUGGCAGUACAGAACAAUACUUAGCCUUGCAAAUUGACGCUAAUAAGUAUGGAGAGUACGAGUGCACAGCUGUCAAUCCUUAUGGAAAUACUACGAAGAGAAUAUACUUGAGAGAAGCGUUUAAACCGACGGCUAUCAAAAAUAAAACAAUCAUAACCAUGACAGCAACGUCCGUAACAUUCCAAAUCCAAGGCCCGGACGCCGCAGACAACGCCCCCGUACGCGGCUACGUCGCAGAAUACGACCUAGUUGAGAACUAUGCCAUCACCAGCCACCAUAACAUAAGCUAUUGCGGCGUGGAAAGGAACUUUACAAUAGACCGGCUGAAGCCCAAUAGGACGUAUUCGAUUAAGUUUGCAGCCCAAAAUGCGGUUGGUGAUGGCGAGUGGUCGGAGCCGUUUGAAUUCGUGACACCUGAAUCGUCCGCUCCUGAACCGCCCACAGAAGUGUGGGGCAAUCAAGGCAAGCUCAGGUGGAAGGCGCCCGAGCCUAACGGGGAGCCCAUCGACCAUUACAGCGUCGAGUUCUGCCCGUUUGUCGGCGAAACUGUCAACCACACGCUCUGCCAAAAAGACAAUGUGUCAGAAACCACGUUCCCACUAGAAAAGUUGGAGAGGAACGCUAAAUACAAGUUCGGAAUAAGUGCACACAACUCUCAAGGCUACUCGGAUUACACGUAUAAGGAGAUAAGGACGCCAGCGAAAAUAUUCGGCGAAGGCCUACUAUCAGCGGGCGCCGUCAUCGGCAUAUCGGUGGUGGCGGUGUUCCUCUGUCUUCUCGUAUUGGACCUGCUCCUACUAUGCUGGAGGAAGCAGGGCAUCAUAGCGAGCUGCUACUUUAGGAGAAACAAGAAGAAAACUGACAACCUUAAUUCCCGGGACAAGAAAGGGCUGCUAGUGACAGAAGGCGAACGUGCCGAUGACCGGCCCAAUAACGGUGGCCACAGAGAACUGGUGUACAACAAGACCACGGGCGUCAUCACGGGGAAGCACUCCUCCGUGUAGCUUUAAUAUACCACCGAUAACGUGCACGAACAUUUUCGUUAAUUGACCUUUAAGGAUGACUCACGCUAGACCGGGCCGUACGACAUGUCAUUUUCUAUGACAGCUGAUCGGUGAUCACGUGGUGCUUUCCAUAGAAAAUGAAGCUCCGUAAGUUCCGGCCCGGCCAAGGCCCGUGAGUGAGCGUGAGUCAUCCUUUAUACGACAGAGAGCUGAAGGUACAACAAGACCAUGGGCGUCAUCAUGGGAAAACACUCGUCAGUGUAGCUUUAAUAAACCACCGAUAUCGUGCACGAAUAAUUUUGUACGUUGACCUCUACUACAGCAGAUUUUUUUUUGGAAUGGAUUUUAAUGAGCCGGGCAGCUGGUGCUGCUCUUUGACAGACUUUACGGACUGGUGUUACAACAAUUAAAUACUAUACAUACUACAAGCCCCGUAGACAACAUGCCAAUCGCUAACGCUACGUAGCGAACGAAACGCAACUGUCACUGUCACAGUAAUAUGGAAGAGUGAUAGAGAGACACAAAGCGUUUCGAUGGCGAAACGCAAGCGAUCGUCAUCUUGGUUAGGCCGCCUGGAGUCAUCACGGGGAAGCACUCCCUCAGUGUACCUUUAAUAAACCACCAACCUCGUGCAGAGUUAUAAUUAUGUCGAUGUUUCCUGUGGAACAGCUGAUUUAACGAUUUCGAGGUUGGCAUCAUAGUAAUAAAUUGCUCACUAUGAUAUUUAGUGACACAGUACCUCUUGUCACACAUAACAGAAUCAACCUGUAUAUUGCCGUAGCUAAAUUGUAUUGCCGUCGCAUACUCUCGCCUUUUUGGUCGCGUGCGGCAGUAAUAAAGUUUUUGCGAUAUACAGAGAUAGGUACGAGUAUGUACUGACAGGUUAAAGUUCGAAAUUAUUCGUGCACGGUGACCACACUUUAGCAAUUAAAUAGUAAAUGUAAUACCAAAGUUAAAUAAAUAUUGUAUACUUUUUCUUACACAUUUCAUACAACAAAGUGCCAAUACCUAUACAAUAUCAUACACAACCAUUAUUUAAGUUAAUUUGUGUUCUGAAGAAUCACAAAACAUGAUUGUAUGACACAUUUAAGAACCAAAAGAUAAAAAAUAAUUAAAACAA